AUGUCACUUCUCUUCAUCAAGACACAUGUUUUGAGGAAUCCUUCAGUGCAAACGUUGAUUGACCUUGUUGAGCAGAGAAACACAGAGGAGGAGAAAGCCACCCGUGUUGAGCUCUUCACUGAUCUCAUCCGCUCCAUUGAGAGAUCUAAGUCUGAAGUGCUGGAGAUGAUUGAGGAGCAGCAGAAAGCAGCAGAGAAAGAGGAGCAAGAGCUCAUUGAAGAGCUGGAGCAGGAGAUCACUGAGCUAAAGAUGAGAAACACUGAGCUGGAGCAACUCUCACACACUGAAGAUCACCUCCACCUCCUACAGAGUUACUCAUCCCUGUGCAAGCCUACAAACACCAGGAACUGCUCUGAGAUCAGUAUGAAGACUCAUAAGAGUCUGGAGACUCUGAGCAGAGCUCUGACUAAACUGCAGGACACUCUACAUGAGAAACUCACACAAACUGGUACAAAGUUUGGAACUGUGUCUACAGAGCUGAAGAGGAUGCAGCAGUAUGCAGGUACACUCAACCUCAUCCUGUCCGAUGAUGGAAAACCAGUGAGACAUGGAGAUAUUUGGCAGAAACUCCCAGACAUCCCAAAGAGAUUUGGUAGAUAUCUAAAUGUCCUGGGAAAGGUGGGAUUCUCCUCAGGGAGAUUUUAUUUUGAGGUGCAGGUGAAGGGAAAGACUAAAUGGGAUUUAGGAGUGGUCCGAGAAUUCAUUAACAGGAAAGGAGAUAUCAAACUGAGUCCCAGUGAUGGAUACUGGACUGUGGUUCUGAGGAAUGGGAAUGAAUAUUGGGCCUAUGCUCAUACAGACGUCUCUCUGUCUCUGAGAGUGAAGCCGCAGCGGGUCGGUGUGUUUGUGGAUUAUGAGGAGGGUCUGGUCUCCUUUUAUGAUGUGGAGUCAGGCUCUUAUAUGUACUCUUACACUGGUCAGUCUUUCAAUGGCAAACUCUAUCCAUUUUUUAGUUCGUGCUCUAAUAAUGGAGGUAAGAACUCAGCCCCACUGAUCAUCACACCUGUCAAGACAAGAUGA